AGUAACAGGGCAGCAUAAAUAGCCAUUGUGUGCCAGGGAAGCCCUUAUUGGCCUGGAGACCCUGAGCCAUGGAGAAAGCAAUGGCCAUGCUUCUUCUCCUCUCCGUGCUGGUCCUGCUCACACAGCCUCCAAGGUCACGGGGAGCAGAAGUGAAGAGCCUUUCCAAGAAACCUUUGAUUGAUAACUGCACCCUGGUCAUGUGUAGCCCUGUGGAGAUUGGCCUGCCUGGUCGUGAUGGACGAGAUGGGAAAGAGGGCCCCCGAGGCGCGAAGGGGGAUCCAGGUUCACCAGGAGCUAAAGGGAGAAUAGAGAUGUUGGAUGUCCCCAAAGGAGACAAUGGAUCUGCUGGAGAACCUGGACCGAAGGGAGACUCGGGACUACGUGGACCUCCGGGACCAGCAGGUGUGCGCGGGCCGGCUGGAGCAGAGGGUCCCUCAGGAAUGCAGGAGAAUGUAGGACCCCAAGAUGAACCAGACCCCAAAGGAGAGCCUGGGCCCAAAGGAGAAGUGGGUGCCCCAGGAAUGCAGGGCUCUGCAGGGACAAGAGGCCCCACAGGUCUCAAAGGAGAGAAAGGUGCCCCGGGUGAGCGCGGAGCCCCUGGGAAUACAGGGCCAGCAGGGCCUGCAGGACCCCGGGAUAUACUGGGACCUCCAGGCGCCAGGGGCCCCCUAGGACUGAAGGGGGUCAGAAUUGCUCCUGGGUACAGAGGAGAAAAGAGAGAGAGUGGGCUUCCAGACAUGGCUGCUCUGAGGCAGCAGUUGGAGGCCUUGCAGGGGCAGCUAAGAAGCCUUCAGGGAGCCUUCCUUCAGUAUAAGAAAGUGGAGCUCUUCCCCAACGGCCGAGGUGUUGGCCAGAAGAUCUUCAAGACAGCAGGCUUUGUAAAACCUUUCCAGGAGGCAGAGCAAGUGUGCGCACAGGCCGGGGGGCAGCUGCCCUCCCCACGCUCUGAAGCUGAGAACCACGCCUUGCAACAGCUGGUCGAGAUUGAGAACAAGGGUCCUGGGUACCUGAGCAUGACUGACUUUUGGAAGGAGGGCUGGUUCACCUACCCAGACAGGAAGCCCCUGGUCUAUUCCAAGUGGGGCCCUGGGGAGCCCAACAACAGUAAAGGCAGGGAGGACUGUGUGGAGAUAAAGACCAACGGCAAGUGGAACGAUGUGCCCUGUGGAGAGAAGCUCCUUGUGAUCUGCGAGUUCUAAGCCCUCAGGGUGGGUGGGGCAGCCGUUGUCCAGGAACCUGGCCCAGACCCCUGUGUUGCCCACAUGACAAGG